AUGGCAGUAUCUCGUUUGAUAUUCUUCUAUUUGUUUCGACUACUGCUAUCAACUUCGAGAUGCGAAUGCGUCUUGUUCUAUAAUAAAUCCCCAUUUCAAGUUGAUGUAAGUGUUGAAGUCGAUGCUCCGUUUCAGGAAGGUAGAUAUUAUAGAGUUCCACCCGGUGGCGAAGAACAUUGGGGUCGUACAACAUGGAAUAGAAUGCACAUUAAACGAACGUCGACACCAUCUGUGGAUAUUACUAUUGAUUUAUAUCAUAAUGGGUACGUUCAUUUUUACAAUGAAGAACAUGUUACAGCCGCACAAGUAUAUGGGAGAGAUCACAUUCGCGUUCGUAUACCAAAAUACAUAAGAAGACGUGAAGAUCGAACAAAUUUCGGUUUGGACAAUUUCCAAAAGCACUUUGUAAUAACGGGUAAUAGUGGUACGGGAAAAUCAUCACUCAUCAAUUUGCUUCGUGACAUUUCUGAUGAUGAUAAGCAGGCAGCUGCUGUCGGUGAAGUAGAAACCACAAUGUAUUUAACAGAAUAUACUCAUCCAGACUAUACCAAAAUACGUCUAUGGGAUACACCGGGCGCUGGCACACGAGCUAACCCAUCACAUGAAUAUUUUCAGGAUAAAUCGAUUUAUAUUUUUGAUUCAAUCAUUAUACUGUCAGCCGGAAGAUUUCUAGAAGCUGAGCAUAAAAUCGUCAAAGAAGCAAUGGAUUGGAAUGUCCCUGUUUUUCUCGUUCGUAAUAAAGCGAAAAUAGAUUACGACAAUCGGAAACGUCGAAAAAUAAAAGAAAGUGAACAAGAUUACAUUGAUGAAGUUAAAAAUGAUGUUACAAGAAAUUUAAAUCAAAAUGAAAUUCUGCGUGCUAAUAUAUAUGUCAUCGAUACAAAUUAUCCAGAUUUAUUUCAAUAUAAAAAAUUUAAACAAGAUUUGUUGGGUGAAAAACAACAAUCAGAUAAAGAUGUGCUCUAA